AGCGGUCGUUUCCUACAGCGCACCAGCGGUGUCAAGCUCGUUUCUGAUUGGACAGGAGCUGGCUUCGGUUUGGUAGAUAUAAAGAACCCGUCUCCUCCGGAACUCAUUGGAUCGUACACUUUCAGAGCAGUCGCAAGACCGUCACUAAUUUGUGAAGAAUCCUGAAGUCUCGAUUUUUGUCGUUAUGCCUCCGAAAGUAAGUGGAAAAGCUGUGAAAAAGGCUGGCAAGGCUCAGAAGAACAUCAGUAAAGCCGAUAAGAAGAAGAAACGAAAGAGGAAGGAGAGCUAUGCUAUUUACAUCUACAAAGUGCUGAAACAAGUCCACCCGGACACUGGCAUAUCCAGCAAGGCCAUGAGCAUCAUGAACAGUUUCGUCAAUGACGUGUUUGAGCGCAUCGCCGCCGAAGCAUCGAGAUUAGCCCAUUACAACAAACGGUCGACGAUCACGUCACGUGAAAUACAAACUGCUGUGAGGCUCCUGCUACCCGGUGAAUUGGCGAAACACGCUGUGAGCGAAGGAACCAAAGCUGUCACCAAGUACACCAGCUCCAAAUAAAUUGUCGCUAACGGAAACGAUUUCAUCAUACCUGACUCUUCAAACCAAACGGUCCUUUUCAGGACCAACAAAUUAUAACUACGUGUAGCAUA